CGCGGUUCACGAUCAACGCACGUUGUACAACGUAUCAUGACGGUCUCUAGUCCCUAUGAGAUGACUGCAUCGCUACUUAGCAUUACUUCACGACGACAACAUCUUUGAAAAUCAUUUCAGUUUCAACAUGUUGCCUCCUUGCAAUAACUUAAUCGGUGAAGCAGUCUCUCGAAUCCUGUGGGAAGGUCAAGAAAUCGAGGCUAUUCAAAACGCGCCGGAAUUAGUCUUUCAAACGAUGGGAUUGCCAGAGAAUGAACAGCACCAGAAUGAUAGCCUGUUCAUCUUAGACGUUAUCGGCCAACGACUUCUUGAAGGGUUAAAAUUUACGAAAGUCGAAGAUCCUGAUGACGGCGUAUCCACGUACUCCUACGUCGACGGUGCCACAACGUAUUAUUAUUAUAUAGAAGCGAACUAUAGUAAAGGAAAAGCACCUAAUGGAGCCAAUUGGCUUCAUGUAUUCUUGGGGCGGGAAGUCAAGGAAGGCCCACAGUAUACCAGUGAUCCUGAUCCGUGCGAAGUUAUUAAAAUCGACCCGAGAAAACUACCAACGUUUCCAAGUGAUCCUGAAAUUGAUAACAUGAAACGUAUCAAAGCUAUAUGCACCAAGAUGACCAACGCGUGGUGUAAAUUAUGGAAGUGUUGGGGUAAAUCGAAAUCCAGCUCCAGUAGCGCUCGUUCCUCCGGUAGUAGCAGCAGGCGAGGUUCUGCUAGCCGCGGAAGCUCUAGUGUAGAAUAAUUAUUUAUUUUUUUGUUUAUACGAUCUAGUUUAAUUAAAUGCUUUAAUGAGAAUAUCAAUAUCAAGUACA